AGUUUUACUUUGACGUUCUCAGGUUUCCGCAAGUUUUUGCUGCCCUCGAUAUUCUUAUGGAUUUUUCCGCGAAAAUAAGACUCUUUAAGGAGAAUUUGCUCUGCAAAUAGAAUCUACACCGCAUGAAGUUGGGUUACAUCACGUGCAGAUAAUGUUGCGGGAGGCAGUGAAGGCGCUCUCACGCGCCCCAGCGCUGCAGAGACUAUCAGCCAUUCAUCGCAAGGCGUUCAGCAUAAGAUAUCUGGUGUUCACAAAUGUCGCCAUCUCCAUGACACUCUCGGGCGUCGGAGAUGUGCUGGAGCAGCACUACCAGAAGAAGUUUGGCCAGCAUCCGGCGUGGGAUCGUCGACGGAGUGUCCGGAUGGGAGUCACAGGCAUCACAGUAGGUGUGGUGUGUCACUAUUGGUACAACUUCAUCGAUGGCUUCCUGCCGGGUCGCACACUGCGAAUGGUGUUGAAGAAGGUGGUGCUGGAUCAGAUCAUUGGCUCUCCUCUGGUCAUCUCCACGCUGUUCAUCACUCUCGGAGCGCUCGAGGGACACUCCGGCGAGGAGAUAAUAGAGGAGAUGAAGCAGAAAUUCAUAAGGCUGUACACGGCAGAGUGGAUUGUUUGGCCACCGGCGCAGAUCAUCAACUUCCUGUGGCUGUCGCCGAAAUACCGUGUGCUGUACGACAAUACCAUCUCUCUGGGCUAUGAUGUGUACACAUCACGAGUGGCGAAUGAUCUCAGAGUCAGCUAACAAAGGAGGAGGACAGAUCAGAGAUUCUCUGGCUAGAAUAAAGUGCG